AUGUCUAAUUCCGAAGCGCCCAAUAACGAGCUUACUAACGGCGGCGGCGGAGGAGGGAUGGUGGAGCAGCAGGCGUCGCAGAGGCCGUCUAGUAACGGCGUCUUGGCCGUGAAGAAGCCGCCUUCGAAGGACCGCCACAGCAAGGUCGACGGGCGAGGCCGCCGCAUCCGCAUGCCCAUCAUAUGCGCCGCACGUGUGUUCCAGCUCACACGUGAGCUCGGCCACAAGUCCGACGGCCAGACCAUCGAGUGGCUCCUCCGCCAGGCCGAGCCCUCAAUCAUCGCUGCCACCGGAACCGGCACCACCCCCGCCUCCUUCUCCACCGUCUCCGUCUCCCUUCGCGGCGGUGCCCCCUCCUCCUCCGCUCCCUCUUCCACCACCACCUCCGACCACAAGCCUCACCUCCUUGGCGGCCCCACCCCCUUCAUACUGGGCAAGCGCGUCCGCGGGGCCCAUGACGACGACAACGGCAACCACAACCACAGCCACGACGCCAAGGACCCCUCCGACCACGCCAACGACGGAGCCGUCUCCGUCGUCGGCCACUCCAUGGCCUCCAUGCUUGGCCCCACCGCGGGGGGUCCUGGCGGCUUCUGGGCCCCGCACUUCGGGCAGGUCUGGAGCUUCGCUGCCACGCCGCCGCCGGAGAUGAUGGCCCAGUCGGCGGUUUCCCACCAGCAACACCAGCAGCAUCAGCAGCAGCAGCAUUCGUUGUUCUUACAGCAACAGCCGAUGGGCGAGGCCUCAGCGGCCAGAGUGGGAAAUUACCUUCCAGGACAUCUCAAUUUGUUGGCUUCUUUGUCGGGCGGGCACGGGAAUUCUGGUCGGAGAGAAGACGACCCGCGUUGA